CUCAUGCGCCGCUAUGUUUUGAAAAGCCGGGGCAGCUUUAACUACUGCCUGCAUUAUCUUCUCACUCGCUGCUUUUUAUCCAAGUUUUUGUAAUUUUUGUUGGGGUUGAAGAAGAAAUGCAAACAUGCCAAAGUCCGUGAAAAAGCCCUGCACGACUCAGACCUCCAUCAGCAGGUACUUUGGAGGGCUGAGCAGCAGCAGCAGCAGCAGCAGACCUCAGUGUGGGAUUAAACCAAAUCCUGCUGAGCACCAGCGUUCAAAAGGAAAGAUAAAACUUUCCUCUGGUGAUGGAGACGGGUUGCCGUCUAAACGGGCCAAACUAGCUGAGACGGAUCAGCAGGUGGAGGAUCUGGAGUGUGAACCCACGUCUUCUCAGAGGAUUAAAGAGCCAAAGCCAACAGUGAGCCGAGGAGGACUCGUCUGCUCCUCUACGUUGGAGAAGCUGAAAGGUUUCUCCUGUAUGGCUGAGCCCCUCGUCCAUCACACCCAGGACAAAACAAAGACGGAUGACCAUAGCAGUGAAAGCUCUGAUAAGAGAAGCACUGUUUCAGACACAUUUGGGAGUUUGCAUCAGAAAAUUUCAGACACACUGCCGCAGACAUUGGAGGACCUUGGAGAUGCAGCACAGAACAAUAAAAAAGAAGAGGAUCCAGAGCUGGCUGCCACUAAUCAGGAAUUGUGCUUGUCUAAAUUUACAAAGUCAGGAGGAGGAGGAGGAGGAGGGGGAGGCAAGGUUGCAGAGGUGAGUCCUCCAGCAGACUCCAGCGCCCCCUGCAGGCGCUCCAGGAGCACGUACACCCCCCUGGAGCAGCAGGUCAUGGAGCUGAAACAGCAGCACAAGGAUGCCCUGUUGGCCGUGGAGUGUGGCUACAAAUACAGGUUCUUUGGAGAGGAUGCAGAGAUUGCUGCAAAAGAGCUGAAUAUAACCUGCCACCUGGACCAUAACUUCAUGACGUGCAGCAUCCCCACUCACCGCCUGUUUGUGCACGUCAGGCGCCUGGUGUCUCAGGGACACAAGGUCGGCGUUGUGAAGCAGACAGAAACAUCUGCGCUGAAGGCCUCAGGGACGAACAGAAACGCUCUGUUCAGCCGCCAGCUCAGCGCCUUAUACACCAAGUCCACUCUGGUGGGAGAGGAUGUAAACCCGGUCUGCAGAAUGGCAGACGUGGAGGAGGGGGGCUUCGCUGAUGUAGUGUCGGACCCUCCUGACAGCUUCCUGCUGUGCAUCAGUGAGAACUGGGACAAACUGAAGAAGCAGCUCUCCGUGGGGGUGGUGGCGGUUCAGCCCAGCACCGGAGACGUGUUCCUCGACUGUUUCCCUGACGGCCCGUCUCGCUCUGAGCUGGAGAGCCGGAUCCUGAAGAUAAACCCAGUGGAGGUCCUGGUGCCUUCGGACCUUUCAGAGCAAACCUCCAAACUGCUGCUCAGUAUCGCCAAUGCCAGUGCUCAGGCAGAUGACCGAAUCAGAGUUGAGAGAAGGGACAGCGCCGAAUUUGAGUUCACCUCAGCGAUGAACACAGUCGUCAAAUUCUACUGCCACACCCCGGAGAAAGACUCGCGAUCUCUGUCGACUGUGGCCUCGUUCGAGAGCCCGGUCAUCUGCUGCCUGGGGCCCCUCAUCCAGUACCUCCAAGAAUUCAAUCUAGAGAGAGUUCUUAGAAAUGAAAGCUUUUUCCGACAGCUGUCCUGUGAAUCAGGGGGGAUGAGCCUCAGCGCUGCCACAAUCAGGAACCUGGAAAUCCUCAACAAUCAGACAGAUGGGAGUGUGAGGGGGAGUCUGCUGUGGGUGUUGGACCACACUCGCACUGCGUUUGGCAGGAGACUGUUGAGGAAGUGGGUCAGCCAGCCCCUCAUGGAACCGCAGUGUAUAUCGGAAAGACAGGACGCUGUGCAGGAAAUGAUUGAGUCAGACUCACUAACUCUGAACUCUAUCAGAUCCCUGCUGUCACAUUUGCCUGAUCUGGAGAGGGGCAUAUGCAGCAUAUAUCAUGGAAAGUCUUCCACGCAGGAGUUUUACCUCAUCUGUAGCAGUCUUUCUCGCCUGGGGCUGGAGCUGGAGGCUCUUCUCCCAGCUAUCCAGUCACAGAUCCGCUCCACACUGCUCCAGAGCCUCUUAUUGGAUACUCCUGACCUGCUAGCUCCAGCCCACAGCUUCCUCAAGGUGCUCAAUGAGAAGGCAGCAAAGUCGGGGAAUAAGACGGAGCUCUUCUCAGAUUUGUCUGGCUUCCCGGUGCUGCAGGAAAGGAUGAGCCAAAUCCAGUCCGUCCUCUCUGAGAUUCAAGCGCACCGCAAAGAGGUCCGGUUGGUGCUGAAGUCCCCCGCGCUCGAAUACACGACUGUUUCUGGACAGGAGUUUCUGAUUGAGGUGAAGAACUCGCUGUCAUCAGUCGUUCCACCUGACUGGGUGAAAAUCAGCAGCACCAAGGCUGUGAGCAGGUAUCAGUCUCCUUUCCUGGUCGAACGCUACAAGAAGCUGCAGCAGCUCCGAGAGCAGCUGCUACUAGACUGCCAGAGGGAGUGGACCCGAUUUUUGGAUCAGUUUGGGGAGCACUACCACGCCAUGAAAAGGGCUAUUAGUCACCUAGCAACCAUGGACUGCCUCCUUUCAUUGGCUGAGGUGGCUAAACAAGGGAAUUAUUGCAGGCCAAAGGUGUGUGAAAAAAAGCAGCAGAUUAUGAUCACUGAUGGCAGACACCCUGCAAUAGAUUUAUUGAUGGGAGAGCACAGCCAGUAUGUCCCCAACCACACUAAAUUACAGCACAACGGCAGAAGGACGAUGAUAAUCACGGGGCCCAAUAUGGGGGGCAAGAGCUCCUACAUCCGGCAGGUUGCACUCAUCUGUGUUAUGGCUCAGAUAGGCUCGUACGUUCCGGCCUGUGAGGCCUGUCUGAGUGUACUGGAUGGUAUUUACAUCAGAAUGGGGGCUUCGGACAACAUCUUCAAAGGUCGCAGCACGUUCAUGGAAGAGUUGACAGAGGCGUCGGAGAUCAUUUCCCAAGCAUCAGAACGCUCGUUGGUCAUCCUCGAUGAACUCGGACGUGGCACGAGCACUCAUGAUGGGAUUGCAAUCGCGUAUGCUACCCUGGAAUACUUCAUCAGAGAUGUGAAGGCCUUCACCUUGUUUGUGACCCAUUAUCCUCCUCUGUGUGAGUUGCAGCAGGUGUAUCCUGAACAUGUGUCCAACUUCCACAUGGCUUUCUUACUUAAUGAGGCUGACAUCACAACUGAUGCCGACAAUGGAGAGGUUCAGCCUGAGUUCAUCACCUUCCUCUACCAGUUAACUGAAGGAGCUGCAGGGCGAAGCUACGGCCUCAAUGUGGCCCGACUGGCUGAUGUUCCCGAUUCAAUACUACACACUGCCUCCCGCAAAGCCCGAGAGCUGGAGAACAUGGUCGAUGCCAGGAGGAAGCAUAAGAAACUUCUCUCAGAUCUUUGGGGCCUCUAUGAUAAAUCCUCCCUUGUAAAGUGGCUGCAGUCGAACUCUUGAUGUCUCCACACCAACGACCACUGGACUAAAAACAUCUCAAGAAAUAAAUCAUGCAACCAGUGACUGAAUAUCCUCAGAGAACCUUUUUAAACACUCACAGAAUAUUUUUCUCCAAGGGAGCUUGUUGAUUAUACAGUUUGUGAAUUGUCAGCAUGAGAGAAUGGUUUUAAAGCAUCUCAGGUUGUUUGGUGACUAAAGAAAAAUGCUAUACUCGUCUUGCUUUAUGACCUUUAACAUAUGGUUGCUUUAUUUCAGACAAAGAAACAUUCACAGUUAUUUUUGGUUGAUAUUAAAAUUACGGUUAUUAAAAAUUAAAUACUGAGACAUUGGAAAUCCAUUAAUACAUUGAAAGAGCAAAAUAGGAGUGUGGAAGUAAAGUGGAAUGCAUCGGAAUAAAUCCAUUCAUAUUUUUA